GGGACAACAGGUUCGUAGUCAAAAGGGGGAGGUGGACGGCAAAAGGAGUUCGUGCGCUCCUCUUAUUUAGGGCGGACAAAGGUUUGGAUUCAUGGCACUGGCAGGCAUGCAAUCCAGUUCCUGGAUGCUUGCUGGCGAUCCCAGCACUGGAUCGUGCUAUGCGACUCCCUCGUCUCUCAAGCUGUGGGGAUGCGUCAAUAGAUCGAGGAAUUUUGUUAGGAUCAGGGGCUCUAGCAGCUCGGUGACGAGUGUUUUGAGCGCGGAGAGGGUGGAUCUUCGCGACGAGGAUGAGAUUGAGGCUGAUUUUGGUAGAAAGUUUAGGCUUCCACACAUCAGCGACGUUUUUCCCGAUCUAGAGCCGCUGCCAACGACGUUUAGUGUCAAGAGCAGCUAUCCUUUGCCGGAUUAUCAUUUCGACGAUGAAUCCAAGGACUUGAAGAAGAUGUAUGUCCACAAUGACGAUCGUGUACUUUUAAAGGUUAUAGAAUAUGUCUCACCCACGUCUGCGGGAGCUGACUGUGAGGGUGAGGAUUGCAAAUUCAGGCAUCUAAGAGUGUGGAGAGCCGGUCCACGCAAAAAAAUAUAUAUCAGACCCGAGGAAGUCAAAGCUGCGAUUGUAACAUGCGGGGGACUUUGUCCCGGUCUUAACGAUGUUAUUCGUCAGAUUGUUUUCACUCUCGAUAAGUAUGGAGUGAAGAAUAUUGUCGGCAUACCGUAUGGCUACCGGGGAUUUUUUGACGAUAGUCUGUCAGACAUCAAUUUGACGACACACUAUGUGCAAAAUAUUCAUCUCUCGGGAGGCAGCUUGUUGGGAGUCUCUCGCGGAGGUGGACAAACAAGCGACAUUGUCGACAGCUUGGAGAAACGCGGGAUCAACAUGCUCUUCGUGCUCGGUGGCAAUGGCACGCACGCUGGAGCUAAUGCCAUCCAUGACGAGUGCUGGCGCAGGAAGAUGAAAGUUAUGGUUGUCUGCGUCCCGAAAACGAUAGACAACGACAUCUUGCUCAUGGACAAAACUUUCGGUUUUGAUACUGCUGUCGAAGCUGCUCAGCGAGCAAUCAGUGCUGCGUACAUUGAGGCAAGGAGCGCUUACCAUGGAAUCGGUGUUGUGAAACUGAUGGGGCGCCAGAGUGGCUUCAUAGCACAGUAUGCCAGCUUAGCCAGUGGUCAUGUCAAUGCGUGUCUCAUUCCGGAGGUCCCUUUUACUUUGCAUGGACCAAAUGGACUGCUUGUCUACCUGGAGCAUUUGAUCCACACUCAAGGCUCUGCGGUGGUCUGUAUUGCCGAAGGAGCUGGCCAGGAGCUUCUGCCGCCCAAGGGCUCAAAAGACGCGUCUGGCAAUCCUGUCCUAUCGGACACCGGAGUCUACCUGCAACAACAAAUCAAAAACCAUUUCAUUGCCGCUGGAACUCCCGCAGAUGUCAAGUACAUUGAUCCCACUUAUAUGAUCCGAGCGUGCCAGGCAAACUCCUCCGACAGUAUACUGUGCACCGUUCUUGGCCAGAAUGCGGUUCAUGGAGCGUUCGCGGGAUUUAGUGGAAUCACGGUGGGGCUUUGCAACACUCACUACGCUUACUUCCCAAUCCCGCAAGUCAUCGAUCAUCCACGAAGGGUUGAUCCGAGCAGCAGGAUGUGGCACCGUUGUAUCACAUCAACAGGGCAACCGGAUUUUACUCCGCGAGCGUAGAAAAUCUACAAUCUUGAAGGGACAGUAUAUUCUUAGACCAUUAUUUAUUCUUGUAAUAAAACUGGCCAAAUUUAGGUCUUAAGGAA